ACUCUUCAUAAUAUUUCUUCAGGAACAUAAACGUGUUCCAUUUGGUUUCUCCUUGCUGUUUAUAUAAUUGUAUUACAAAUGAAGAGCGUAAGUGUUGAUCCCAAAGUAAAAAUAAUUAUUGACGAAAUAAUACAUCACAAACGUAACCGUUUUGGAUUAAUUGUUGGAUAUAAUUUGAAUAAUAAAUUUUUUAUUGUUCACGUACUCGAAUGUCCGGAUAUUUUGGACGAAGCAGAUGAUAGCGAAAAAUUAACUGAAUUAGAGAAGCUACGAUCUCUACUAGAUGAUGUAAUACGACUCCUUCCUGGUGGUUUGAAUAUUCUUGGUGCAUUCUCGACAAGUACAGAAAACCAAUUACAGGUUAAAUUUGUUCAGUACAAUGCAAAAUUAUUUUCAAAUGGCAAUCUUUCGCUAGUUGACUGGAGGGAAGAGAACAAAGCCUUUGAAUACCUUGAGUUUACCAGCACCCUAAAUCUGCAAUUAAACCUUAAUAAGAAAGAGAAAACUUACAAGCAAGUAAAAACUUGGCUGAAAAAUUUCAACCCGAAGUUUCUUGUCGACGGUCAAAACGAAAGAGGUCUAAUAACCAAAAGUACGAAUAUCGUAAAAGAACUUGAUAUUUUAACGAAAAUGUCUGAAGAAUGUAUUAGUAAUCAUUCCAGCUUAAGAGGAUAUGUAAAACUAAGAGCAAUUCUGCCAAUGCUAAAAAAUCUAACUUACGAGCAUGUUUUCGAAGCUCUCUGCCAAGAUGCGAAUAGGACAGUAAUGGCUAGGAUUAACAUUCUGAUUGAGAAUGAACAAAUUGAUAAUAAAUUUGAAAGUUGUGAAGGACAUUGUGUACCACUUCCUCGAAGAGCAAUGUUUUCCAUAAACUCGUCAUCUGUUAGAUUUUCUACUUAUUUGUGUGUAGGGGAAAAUGAAUCAGAUAUACCAUCGGCAGUCAAUGGAGUUAUUGCUGGUGAGAAUAUUGUUGAAGCAGAAAUAAAUCUUGAAAAAUUAGAAAUCUUGAACGACUCACAAUUUGAAGAAGCUAAAAUAAAGACUGUCAAAGGGAGCGAAACCGGAAAACUCUACGUGAGCGAUAAUCAGAAAUCAAUUUCCGCCUCGGCGUUUUACCAUCGUUUGUUGCAUAUAAAGAUAAUUUUAAGUAACAAAGGUAAAAUGAAUCUGGAAAGAGAAGUAUCUGACUGUGGGUUUUCCUUCGUUUUAAAAUUACGCGUGUCUCCCGCUUCGGAAGAAACCAGUGAGCAAACUAAAAAACGAUUAAACCUCGUUGCUACUUCAAAAUAUGGUUUGAUAUUCGUAGCAUGUGAAAAAGGGCUUAAAACGCUGGAAACCAAAGAUGUUGUUUCAAGGUCUCAGGAAUUGAAUAAAGCAGCUUUCUCUACUCUCGUAGAAGAUAUUCAGUUUAAGCACGUUUUAGAGUUUUCUAGCACACCGGUUCAUGUGUCUUUGAAUGCAAACCAAACAAUUUUAUCAGUUGUUGUUGCAAAGAACAAUUUCUACUUUGCAUUAUUAUUUGAUGUUCAUUCUUUUGCGAAAGAUGCCAAAAAUUUACCACAACCAUUUGUUGAGGCGAAGUUAAGCGAUGAACCUAAUGAGGAAUUAAUGGAUUUAGCAUGGAAUCCUGGACUUGAAAUGUUUAACCAGUUCGCAUAUUGCCUCAGCAGUGGACGGUGCAGAAUUAUGGAAAUUUUAAAAGGAGACGAUAUAAAGAUAAUAAGCUCGUUGACAGAUAAGGAAAAUUGUACUUGCUUGUGUUGGAGCCCUAAAGGGAAGCAGCUUGUCGUUGGCAAAAUGAAUGGAACUUUAACUCAAUAUGAUUGUCAGUUUACACUAAAAAGACAUUUGGAUAAAUCUCCUAUGUUUUCUGAUCCUGUUAAAAGUAUAACUGAUGUGUUGUGGGUAAGCACGUAUUGUUUUUUUGCUGCAUAUGAGUCUUUAUCGGAACAGAACAAUGAAAUAUCUAUUGUAUUGAUAAACGCCCCUAAAAAUCAAAAUUUACAAUAUAUUGAUUAUAAAGACGUCUGUUUUAACCUUAGUGAUACGAGAAUGGGAAAAUAUUACUUCAGACAAAUUGCUUCUUGGAAUGGAUUAAUUUUAGCCAUGUCGGCUGGUGGGUCUGACGUUGCUCUUCUUGGUAAAAGUACAGAUCAAAAAAACUGGGAGAAAUAUCGCUUCGAAGACAAUUUUAGAGCUGAAACUCCUUUAUCUUCAGCAAAUAGCGAUGAUACUUUUCCAAUUGGAAUGGAUUUGGACUUUACUAGCACAGAAAAAUUCCUUCUAGAUAAGGGAGUUGAACAUCCAGCCGUUCCAAUUGUCACAAUACUAACGACAGAUUGGGUCUUAACGACCUUUCGUAUUUUCUAUGAAAAUCAGCCUUCUAUUGUGCAGCAAGAAGAGCUGUUGGAAUCUUCAAAGGCUAGAAAAAUUAAAUCACUUGAUCUUGCUUCAUCCUCGAGUAUUAACCCCGUAUUAUCCAAUUACUCUUCAGCUUCAUUACCAGUCUUUAAUGAAACUAAGAAAAUUGAUUCAGUAAAAAGUGCAACCCAUACAACGGCACAGGAAUCGCAAAAGCAAGCUAUUCAGCCUUUAGGUGAAGCAACAUAUGCCCCGAAUCGAUCUCCUGCAGUGGCUCGAACUCUAAAAUUUGGGGAUUCUCGAAAUGAAGUCAUACAUCCGCAAACAACUUCACUACCAACAAAAACUACUCGAAAGUCAACUGAGACAAAUAAUGCUCUUCAAACAAAAUUUAAAAUAUUUCAGUGCGAACUUUCGGAGUGCAAUAAGAAAAUUCACAAAAUUUACGAUGACGUUAUGAACUCUCCUAUUAAUGUAGUCACUACUGAUAGAAUGAAUAAUUUGCUGACAAAAAUCGAUGAUACAAACGAUUUUAUAACAGAUUUUAAAAAAAAGAUAAAGAAGCAGAAACAAAUAAUGGAAGACUUUGAUAUGGAAUAUCAGCAGAAUAUCACCAGCUACAAGUAUAUAACUUGGAAAGUGGAAAAUUACCAAAGUCCAAAAAUUCUUGAGCAGAUGUCUUUAAGACCCCUUGAACCUGUACUGAAACAGAAAUGGGUAGAAGUUCAGUCAAAAGAAUGGGAUAUAAGACAAAAAAUCGAAACACUUCAUAGUAUAGUUUCAACAAAAGAGUCAUUAGACAAAAAUAAAACUAAAACAAUUCAUUCGGACUUGAUAAUAUCCACUUUGGCGAGCCAUAGAAAGACGAUUGACACUUUUAAGCUUCAACUCGACAAUCUGGCGAAAGAUUUUGAGCGUUUUAUAGUUAGACAUGCAGUUAGAAACAACUUGGAAAACAAAGAGUUAAAGAGGGAGAAACAUAAGCUAAUGAAGAAUAGUCUGAUCUCACGAAAGAUUAACAAAGUAGAGUGUUUGUCUCAAUCAACUUUUACUCUAGCGGAAACGUCUAUAAAAUUGAAUAAAUUGCAAGAAUCGGAAAUAAUAAAAACGGCAAACAAUUCAGCUUUAGAGAGCUCAAGGGAUGCUCAAUUUGGAGCACCGGUGGCACAUUCUACUCCCUUCGUAAAAACUGACGAUGGGAAAAAAGGAAAGAUCUUCGGGUCAUCCGCUACUUUUAUUAAACCUCAACCAACAUUGGGUCAGAAUUUGCCAAAACCAAAUUUAAGCACUUUCAGAGUAACAAUUAAAGAAGACUCCAAACCUCUAAAUGCUGACCAAAUGAAAACAUUUUCCAACGUAAUUCCCAUAAAAGUUAAGGAAGCGGAAUUAAAAGAAGCAAGUGACGGAUCAUCUAUACCUAAUCCUAAUCAGAUAACCACUGAUCAAAAAUCAGUUUCGAAUAUUCAAAAGGAGAAACCUCAACAAUCUUCUCAAAUUGCUUCAGUCUUCAAAACUGACAAACUUGAAACAGUUAAUAUUACAGACUCAUGCUUUAAACUGCCAACGGCUGUUUCGACACAGUCAAAAGUAAUGUUGGAGCCGAACACUCUAAGCGCUGAAUCAAAAAACGAAGAUCUAGCACUGAAAACAGCUGAUUCAGAUUUUAAAUUUUCUGUCCCCAGAAAGCCCGAUUCAAAUCCUCCUUUGAACUCAGCUGAAAAUAGUAACAUCAAGUCAGGAGCACCCGUGACAGGAUCUCUAUUUUCGUCAAAAAUAAACCCGUCUGUUAUUCAAAAAACUUUGGCAGAUAAUUCAUCAGCUUUUACAUUUACGACAACCAGCAGCACAAGCAUGAGUAGCUUGGUGUCUGCUACAAAUGCUCCGAUAAGCAAACCGACGCAAAAUAUUGAAACAUCCAAAUCAGAAACAAAAGUUCCUUCUUUUAGUUUUCCACACUCUACACAAUUAUUAUUUAAGACAAAAGCAGAUGCAAUGAUAGCAACAUCAAGUACAGAUGUUAACACAUCGACUUUUGACCAAAAAACGGCUUUUAGUUUGCCUAAAUCUACAGAGGCCCUAUUCAAUCCCUCAAAUAAUAUUGGAUCAAUAAGUACAGUUGUUGGUGAAACAACGAAAACAUCUAUGGGUAUUGCGUCAACAGACCAGAAACCACUAUUUUCGACAGCUAUUACAAGUAGUUCAAGUGUAUUUGGAAGUCAGAUUUCAGCUGCUCCCUUCAGCUCUCAUCAAACAAGAAAUAAUACUUUUGGCUCUGGAGGAUUUAUGAGUGGUUUAGGGAAACCAAAUCAAUUGAAUGAAAACAAUACAAAUGUUUUUGGAACAACAAACUUCCCUAAUACUGGUUCUCAAAGCAAUAUAUUUGACUCUAAACCAACGGUAUCAACUUCGACUUUCGGAGGAGGGCAGUUUACUAGCGGAUCUACAAAUGUUGCAAAAAGUGGAUUUGGUGAUUUUGCAAUGACGUCUAAUAGUGGAGCUUUCGGAUCAACCUCAACUUUUGGUUCCUCCCCCGCCUUUGGUGGCGGACCCACUUUUGGGGGAUCAUCAGGAUUAGCUGGGCUAAGUUCGAAUACAAAUACAACCAUUUUCGGAAGUUCAACAGCUUCUACUGGAUUUGGUGCUAUUGCAUCAAGUAGUACGCCAACUUUUGGAAAUCUUGCUCAGCAAGGAUCUCUGUUUGACUCUUCCAAGCCAACGGGCGUGUCUUUCACAGCAUAUAGGAGUUAA